CCUAUUUUCACACAAAUAAAUCCGGCUAACAUUAAUAAAAUAGGAAGAUUCAAUAUGGAGGGAAAGUUAGGCGUUAAAUCACUUUUUGUGCUUGCAAUUCUUGUCUUUUCAGGGCAGCCUGUGUCUUCUGAAUCUGUAUGGGAUUGCCUGGUAAGGACAGGAGGCAUUGUUUAUGCGACUCAAUGUAUUCUCACCCUUACUGGAUGCAUGGCAAAGUGCGCUCUAUUCGCCGAUUGCCCCUCUAUGGAAUGUUUUUACCUGUCUUCUGCUUCAAUUGCGGCUGAUAAAAGUGGUGCUUGUAACUAUGAAUGCGCUUCUGGAAAAUGCAUGAACUAUAUUCUCCUUAAUGACAAAGAGAAGUUCGGCAUUUGUAUGGCUAUUUGUCAAUCAAACUACUGUUCAGCGAAGGCAUCUGUUUGAAUAAGUUUUUGUUAUGUGUUGUAUCUGUGCGCCACAAAUUAGUAUACCUAUGUAUACUACUGGUCUUAUUACAUAAUAUGGUUGCUAUAAAUUUGAAAAAAUUGUAAUCGUUUGUAAACCGAUGUAGUUAUCUUUAUGGGCACCUAUUAAAUAAUUCUGCUAUGUUAUUAAUAUUGUACACAUAUGGUGCUUUGCUUUUUGGCUAUGUUAUUAAUAUUGUACACAUAUGGUGCUUUGCUU